UCGGAUUCGGAGUUUUCAGUAUACGCUGAAUCGGUCGUGCGUGCCGGACUGGUUGUCGUCUUCGUUGAGAUUCGAUAUUGUGUUUGUUGGCGCGUUUGCGUCGUAUAAUAAUAUUCGAAUUUGACGGUUACUCGAUCACAUACUUAUACAUAAUUACAUUACAUUUUUUUAUACUUAACUCACUUCGAAUGUUUUUACCUACUUCGGCAUUUUGCGGUUUUCAGUGCACGUGAGGGGUAAUUUUAUUAUCGUUUAAAAGCUUAUUUCGUAAACAGCUGUACGGUACUACUUUUGCGCGUAUUUGUGUUAGUUUUCGAGCGUAAAAAUUUUGUUCGCGUUGUUUAGGCGGUUACGAGUACUUUCGUUUGCGGCUGUGUACCAAUGUAAAAUUUUUUGCAUGGAUUCGAAGUCAAAUUAUGGAAUCAGUGGCUUCGGGCUCUUGUUGUGUACUUCGAUGUCCGGAUUUGAAUUCGCAGCAAUACGUAACGAUGAGCUCAAUAGCUGCUCACGAUGAUCAAAUUGUACCAGAUUCCAGUAGCUGGUCUUCCUCGUCGCCAAAUUCUACCGGGUUCACGUAUUUCGAUUCAUUUUUACAAAUGCAGGCUACUGAAUUCGACGCUCUAGACACUCGUUUGUACAAACACGAUUUAGAAAGAAUACAACGAAUCGAAGAAGAGGCCAUUAGAAAUGAAUACGUUUACAGAUCAGAGCAGGAAAAACACCGUCGCGAAUCCGUUUCGCAAAUGGACGAUUUUUUCGAAACACCGUUACCUUCUCCAUUCUCACUAUCCGCUUCAAAUUUGCGGUCAUACCAUCAUCAGCAUGGUUUCUCACCAUCAUCAUCCUCACCACCAUCAUCAUUUCUGCAACAUAAAACCCAGCAGAAUGCGCAAAUGCCCACGCAUCCACACGCGCACUCUCACAGCCACCCUUCUUCUGAAGAUGUUCCAAAGUUAGCCAUGUGGGAUGACAUUACAUCCAGCAUACAGAGGCUGGAUCCAGAAAAUGUUGAAAUGAUCGGCUCGCUAGCAGCUGUAGCCGCCAUUAAUACCACCAUGCCUCAUAUUAAAGUCGAAAUGUCCGAAGAAUCUACCAGUCACGAUAGUUACAAUAUUGUUCAUCCAGUCGCAGUCAAAACUGAAAAGUUACCACCGCUGCAUUCGCCUUCUUCGUUACAAUUGAUAAGCACCAAUUCACCAUCUUUGUACACCAGUGGCGGUAAUAAUAGUGGCAACAAUAAUGCCAGCAUCACUACUACCUCUAAUGUUGCCACCAGCAGCAGUACUAGCUGCAGCAGUAGCAAAAACCAUGGAGAUGGUGACAGUAAUGAUAAUGCUGCACCCAUCAACCCUACCACCGCCACCAGUCACAGUAGUAAUAAUAAUUCUAAUUCUAACAAUAGUAAUAGUAGUAAUAAUAAUGGCAAUAGCAACGUCAAUACCACCAGUCGUACCGGUUGUGAUAGGCAUAAUAAUACCAGCAUCAGCAAUAGCAAUAGUAACAAUAAUUCCAAUUGUCCUUCGAUUUCAACGUCGCAGCAGCAACAGCACCAUCAUCCUCAUCAUCAGCACCAGCAGCAGCAACACCACCAUCACCAUCAGCAUCCCCAUCAGCAUCAAUACCAUAAUUAUAAAAACAAUCUGUACUCGUCCAUUCCUACACGGAUUAUGUAUUCUUGUCCACAACCGCAGUCUGCCAAUGCAGAUUCACCUGAGAACAGUCUUAUGGCUGCGAAUAACAUUCGACGGACACCACCACCGCCUUAUCCAAUACCACCAGCUAUGCAGAUGUCUAGACCCACCCAAAGAUACAACAGAAGAAAUAACCCAGAGUUGGAGAAGAGAAGGAUUCAUCACUGUAAUUUUCUAGGUUGCAAGAAGGUUUACACUAAAAGUUCUCAUUUAAAAGCCCACCAGCGAAUCCACACAGGUGAGAAACCGUACCAGUGUCAGUGGCCGGAAUGCGAAUGGCGAUUCGCUCGUUCUGAUGAGUUGACGCGUCACUAUCGCAAACAUACCGGAGCCAAACCGUUCAGAUGCGGUAUCUGUGAAAGAUGUUUUGCCAGAUCCGAUCAUUUGGCGUUGCAUAUGAAGAGACAUGCUCCUAAACCGCCCAAAUAGCUGCACCAUCUUCAGACUCCAGUGGCAUCAUCAUCAGCAACCAAUGUACAAGUGUCUAUAGUACAUUUAGAGCCAGUAAUGGAUCUGGGAUACUUGCCUGCAGCUUUGGUCUACUGAUAUCUACUCUUAGUAGGUACCUACUGUGAUGAGACAAGGUAUUCGUUGGAUAUGAUUAAGAGUCUGCACCCAUCUUGGAGGUGUUCUUUAAUUUAAUGCUCCGUCUGAGGCUACCCUGUUACAAUAGGCUAGUUUUUAUUCGAUUCAAGUCCACCUCUCAUUACAAUAUCAGGGCAUUCAUUAUAGUGCUAAAAUGCCAAUGCUGAUACCUAUCGUUUAUAUGAUCACAGGUAAUUUGCAAUUUAUACAGAAUGGGAGGGGGAAAUAAAGAAAAAGAUGGAGUACCUAAGCGUAGAUCCAAAAUUUUUUAAUCAAUCUAUGAAGCAAGAAAGUAGGUAUCUCUACAUGUCUAUUAGGUAUCUGCUUGUACAAUGUACAUAGUAUACCAUUUGUCUCGUACCCAGUACGCUUAUUCAACUCAUAUUUUGUUGAAAUGAAAACAUGCCGGUUAGACCUACCUGUACCUACCUUUUAAAUACCUACUCGUAGAUUAUAUUAUCUGUUUAUUUUUGAGAAUCAAAGAAUCAAAAGAUUUGCUUUAAAGAAAUCAAACCAUAAGUAUAGGUAAGGUAUAUUUUGUUUUUUCUCCUCGUAUGUAUAUAAAUUGUUAUGUUUGUACUUUGUACGUAAGUAUCACUUAUUACCACUAGGUAAUUGUUUACGAAUAAUUUUUUUUUAUUAUUAUUAUUUUCUUGUUAGUAGGUAAAGUACCUCUACCUACUGCCUACGUACGUUAUUUAUUCAUUAAGAUGCGUUGUACACCUUUUAUUUUUACUGUUUUUUUUCUCUUUUUUCUUUUUUUAUUUUUCAUUUAUCAAAAUAUAGAAUUAUUGUUUUUCAA